AUGUCACAGCUAUACUGGCACAGCAUCGUAUUGAUUCUUUGGUCUUUCUUCUCGCUAUCGGUUGCAGACACUUGUUGGCGUAAUACCACUUGCUCUGGGCCAACCGACACUGCGUUCAGCGGGCCAUGGGAAAAGAACAUAUAUGCACCGGCUUCACGAACAGUACGACCAACCUCAACCUUAUCAGAGUUGAAAACCAACGCUGUCGCGGACUCCUCGCGUCCAUACAAAGCAACAUUACACGGCAACGGAUCACUAAUUGUAUUUGACUUCAGUAUUGAAGUAGGUGGCAUCGUCCAUAUAGACUACACCUCCACCGGCAGUGGAGCGCUAGGGCUGGCAUUUACAGAAGCCAAAAAUUGGAUUGGAGAGUGGUCGGACUCGUCAAGCGCUCUGUAUCAUGACGGCGCGUUGUAUGCAAAUAUUUCGUCAGCUGAGAAGGGCACAUAUGUCAUGCCAGACCAAUACUUGCGGGGUGGAUUCCGGUAUCUGACGGUCUUCUUGGUCACAGAUGAUUUGGCCAGUGUUCAUAUUGACAAUUUGAGCUUAGAGCUUGCGUUUAAGCCCACCUGGGCUAAUCUCCGAGCUUAUCAGGGAUACUUUCACUGCAGUGAUGAGCUUUUGAAUCGUAUCUGGUAUAGCGGGGCAUAUACUCUGCAGACGAAUGAAGUCCCUGUGAAUACUGGUCGUGUUACAAAGGGUAUCACAUCUGGCUGGGUGAACAAUGGAACUCUUGGCCUGGGAGACACAAUCAUUGUAGAUGGCGCAAAGCGAGAUCGUGCAGUUUGGCCUGGUGAUAUGGGCAUUGCCAUUACUUCGGCUUUUGUGAGUCUGGGAGACUUGGAAAGUGUCAAAAACGCUUUGCAGAUUAUGUACAAUACCCAGAACAGAACAACUGGCGCAUUUGAUGAGUCAGGACCACCGUUGAGUCAGAAGGACUCGGACACAUAUCACAUGUGGUCUAUGAUCGGCACCUAUAAAUAUGUGCUUUAUACCAAUGACACUGACUUCUUGUUGGCGAAUUGGGAUGGUUAUCAGCAUGCCAUGGAAUAUAUAUAUGGAAAGGUGACUUAUCCCAGCGGGCUUUUGAACGUUACAGGCACACGAGACUGGGCGAGAUGGCAGCAAGGCUAUAACAAUUCGGAAGCACAGAUGAUUCUCUACCAGACCCUUCAAACAGGAGCAUCUCUCUCUCUGUGGGCUGGAGACUCCACUAAUCUCUCAAGCAUCUGGAGCUCUCAGGCCGCCAAUCUCAAGAAAGCCAUCAACACUUAUUGCUGGGACGAGUCACAUGGCGCCUUUAAGGACAACGCAACUGAGACAUCUUUACAUCCACAAGAUGCUAAUAGCAUGGCAGUUGUGUUUGGUAUUGUAAACGAAGAGCGCACAACCCGCGUUUCAGAAAAGCUUCUCAAGAACUGGACACCCAUAGGGGCCGUGGCUCCUGAGUUGCCCGAGAACAUUGCCUCGUUCAUAUCCUCUUUCGAGAUCCAAAGUCACUUCAUUGCCCACGAGCCUGCCCGCGCAUUGGAACUCAUUCGUCGCAGCUGGGGUUGGUAUAUCAACAACCCGAAUGGCACAGAGAGCACCAUGAUUGAGGGCUAUCUACAGAACGGGACUUUCGGGUACCGGAUGGACCGUGGGUAUGGCUAUGAUCCAUCAUACGUUUCACAUGCGCAUGGCUGGUCCUCCGGUCCGACCUCAGCGUUGACAGAGUAUGUUGUUGGUCUCUCUGUGGUCUCCCCAUUAGGAUUAACGUGGAAAAUCGUGCCACAAUUUGGAGAUCUGGAGUUUGCCGAGGCUGGCUUUAUCACCUCUCUUGGAAAAUUCAAGGCAUCUUGGGCUUUGAAUUCAAAUGGAUAUGUGUUGGCUUUCUCGGUUCCAAAGGGUACUGUUGGGAAUGUCACUUUGCCAUAUGUCACCGCGUCGAAGAAGCCUUCGAUUACCAUUGAUGGUGACGAGUUGAUGAUAGAAGUGGCUUACGUCGAUGGUACUGCCACUUUUGAAGUAACUGGUGGCUCUCACGAGGUAGUUGUCAAAUAA